AGAGAGAGAGAGAGAGAGAGAGAGAGAGAGAGAGGGAGAGAGAAGCGAGGGACGUGUGUAUGUGUGUGUCAAGAGGAUUUCCAUUGAAAUGGAGUACUUCAGUCUUUUAGUUCAUUUCAUGUUGGUAAGCUUUGCCUCUGCUGGGAUAGAUGGAAUACAUUGGACAUAUACAGAAGGGGCCCUGGACCAGGUGCACUGGGCGGAGGAGUAUCCCGCGUGUAGCGGCCGCAGACAGUCCCCGAUCGAUAUCCAACGGAGGAGUGUGCGUCACAACCCCCGCAUGCUGCAGCUCGAACUCACUGGAUAUGAUGCUCAGAAGGGUAACUUCCUCAUGAAAAACAACGGACACUCAGUUGAAAUCGUCCUCCCUCCCAGCAUGGUGAUUACCAAGGGUCUUCCCGGAGGCUACACGGCCGUCCAGAUGCACCUCCACUGGGGUGGCUGGGACCUGGAGGAGAGCGGGGCAGAGCACACCCUGGAUGGCAUCAGAUACAUGGCAGAGCUCCACGUUGUCCAUUAUAACUCUGAUAAGUACAAGAGCUUUCAAGAGGCCAGCGACAAGCCUGACGGACUGGCAGUUCUAGCCUUCUUCUACGAGGACGGACAUUUUGAGAACACCUACUACAGCGAUUUCAUCAGCAACCUGGGAAAAGUCAAGUACGCAGGCCAGUCCAUGAACAUAUCCACCCUUGAUGUGCGCUCCAUGCUUCCUGAGAACCUGAACCAUUUCUUCAGGUACCAAGGCUCUCUUACCACCCCUCCCUGUUACGAGAGCAUCCUGUGGACAGUGUUCGACACACCCAUCACCCUCUCUCACAACCAGAUCAGAAAGUUGGAAAGUACUCUGAUGGACAUGGACAAUAAGACUCUGUGGAAUGAUUACCGCAUGGCCCAGCCGCUCAACGAUCGCGUGGUCGAGUCCUCCUUCCUGCCUCGCCUGGGGAAAGGCACGUUCUGUCGCCAAGAUGAAAUCGAAUCAAAGCUUCUGAAGAUCGAGGGUCUGAUUACUUCUCUUGGAAAACACAUACAUUCAAGUGAAAUUGGGGAUGCAAGGCCUUCCAAACAAGAGCCCCGAGUGAUGUCUCCCCUGGUGCUCCACUUCCCAGAGAGGAACACCGAGAGCUAUGCCCGGGCCCACCUGGCUCACUCCAUGGACCUGGACUCCUUCACCGCCUGCAUGCACCUGAAGACGCGCCCUGGAGAGAUACACACUGUCCUGUCAUACUCCAGCCAGGGCAACGACAACGAACUGAUGAUCACCAUGGGAUAUGAGGUGGGUCUGUGGAUCGGCAACGAGUUUGUCAACCUGCCCCACAACUUCCACUCCCGUGACUGGGUCAACUACUGUGUCACCUGGUCGUCCCACUCUGGGGGGGCUGAGCUGUGGAUCAACGGGCUGGUGGGGGAGGAGCAGUACCUCCGGAGGAGAUACACAGUCAGCCCAGCAGGGGUCUUCAUCCUGGGGAAGGACCAGGACGGCUUCCUGGGGAUCUCUGACACGGAUGCCUUCGUGGGUCAGAUGACGGAUGUCAACGUGUGGGACUACGUUUUGAACUCGGCUGAGAUCCGGGAACAGAUGUCCUGUGAGAACACCACCUCUCCCAGGGGGAACGUGCUCAGCUGGGGGGUCACUCCUAUGAGUCUCUAUGGGGGGGUGCAGCUGGAGACAGACUACAGGUGUCCCUGAGGUGAGGGGACAGCUGAAGCACAGGGAAGCCUGGGUGGUGUUCAGUAGGGCACAACGUAACAAAACAUUUUGCAACGGAAAUAAAAUGUUUGUUUUUUUAAAUCAUAGUUCUUAUUGGACAAGUUCAGGAAGUGCAGUACCACCGUGUUCCGUGCCGUUUCAAAACGUUUUGUCUCUACUGAACAGGACCCUGUUUCUCACAGAGCAGAGGAUUCCCACUAUCAACACAAUGUAGUUCUGUUUGGUCUGUUAUUAUGUCCAGUCAAUAUAUCAAAUCUAUCCUUUACUGCUGAUGACUAUUGGGUGUGAAGGAUAAGUCAUCUGUUUGAGACAUGGGUAUCAGGUUUAGUAAUGACAAUGUUUAUUGUUUAUUAAGUGAAGUAAAGCACAGAAGAUCUCUGAACGUCCGUGUGGGCUCAGAGCAUCAGCCAUCUAUCGUAAUUCAUAUCUGUUUCCUCAAUAAAGUUCUAUAUUAAA